ACCACAGAAACGAGUCUCUCUCUCGUCAUUGGACUUCUGAGCGAUUUUAACCUCAUUUGAAGGAUUUCAGCAGCAGGUUUUGAUGUGUCGGAGCUUCCAGACGGCCUUUAAACGCAUCAUGAUGUAAGUGGCUGCAGUGACGCGGACUCAGACACCUGCAGCAGGUGAGCUGCUGCCAACAGGAUGUCCUGCUGCUGCGCGGAGCUGCUGGAUGGGAUCAGGAAGGAGGAGGAGGAGGAGGGCAGGAGGAAGAUGGACGUGUCUCUGCUCAGAGAAGAGUACAGGAGCUCCAGAGAGAGGAGGAGGAGGCGCACUCAGGUGCUGCUGUUCAGGACAGUGUCGGAGGAGCUGUCAGAGGCCGUCAGCAUCGUCCCCGUUGCCCAGGGCCAGACGUCACCAUGGGAACCAAACGGCACUACACCACCGGCUGUGACCUUUAACCCCGAACAAAUGAUCUGUGACCCCUGGCAUGUCCACCUGGACCUGCACCGACGCUCCUGCCCAAGAAUCAUCACCCAGCUGCCAGCAUCCUGCCCGGAAACAUCCAGACGUUCCUGCUCGUCCUCCUCGGAGGCCGGCGGCUCCCAGCAAGAGUCCGGGUGCAGGAAGCUCUCCGGUUCUCUGAGCAGCUUCACAGAAACGUCUCCCUGCUGCACCUUCAUCACCACACGAGAGGAAGAAGAUCCAGACCCUGCAUCCUUCAGAGGCUCCGAGAUGGUUCAGGCUCUGCUUUCUCCUAACUCCUCUCUGUGCACUGUUUCAGAGGGAUGCUCCACCCCCAUCACUGCCUCCAUGGUGUCCUCACCCAGCACCUCCACCACCAACCUGCACCAGGACCAGGAGGAGAACCAUUCUGCAGAGAAGAAGACCAGUAACAGUGUCCUGGAGGGAAGGAGCUCCAGGAAAUUCUCAGCCCCGGCUCUCAGGUUAGCCAGGCAGCUGAGCGUAGGGGGGGCGGCAUCAUCCUCCCAGAUCUACUACCCGUUCCCCAGCAGGAGGACGCCGAGGAUCUCCGAGGCUGCCAGGAGGCUGGGGAUGUACUCGACCUUCUGAGGAGGGCCGGGUUCAGCAGCGAGUCGUAGAUGGGGAGCCCCACACGGACCAAUCCGAAUAAAUCACAAGAACCAGAAUCCGAGUUUUCCUCAGAGACCCGUCAGAUGUUCAGCAUCUCCUGACAGAGCCACAGAUGUUUUUAUACAGUUUGUAUCUCUGCCUCUCCAUCCUUCUCUGAGGAUAAUUAUUAGCCACAGUUAUAGAUGCUGCUUUAUGUCAGCGGGUCACUGAAGGUUCAGCAGCUCCAUUUUAAUCAGCAGACCUUCAGCUCUGUCAUUGUUCUGCUUGUAAACGUCUUCCUGGGUCGUCUUCCAUGAAUCAGGGUUUCACAGCAAUCACACACUGAAUGAGUAAAUCCCAAAAUAACACAAACGCAGCGUGAAGCAGCUGCACUUCCUGUUAAAUC